AUGUCUUCCAAAGACUUCAUCAUCAAGCAUAUGAAUGCCGACCACCAAGAUUCCCUCGUUCUCUUCCUCCAAGCCUACUGCCGCAUCUCAACUUCCCAAGCCAAAACUGCCAAUCUGGAAGAAAUCACCCUCUCAAACCUAAUUGUCACCGCCCGCGGCACCCGCUACAGCGUCCCCAUCGACCCCCCAAUGAAAGAUUACUCCGAGGCACGCAGCCGCAUGGUCGCCAUGCACAAGGAGAGUCUGAAACGCCUGGGUCGCAGCGAUGUCACCCUCAGCGAGUACCGAGCCCCGCGUGGCGUCCAAGCCGUGAUCUUUGGCCUGUGCCUCUUUACCUACGCCAGCUGCUUCCGGCGCAGUAACCUGCUACCGGGCUCAUUCGUCUACGAGUACUUCGGGUAUAAGUUUGUGCCUGAUUUUGCGCACUUCGUCUACAAUAUCCAGCCGUGGCUCCUUCCUGGGGUGUUGGGGAUCCAUGUUGUUGAGACCAUUUUGUUGGCUAUCACGCAGUUGAAGCCGCUGGGUGUGCCGGUUUUCUCGGGGUUGUGGUGUAAGUGGGUUGCUUCGUGCUUUGUCGAGGGAUUCGGCGCAUUCCAGCGUAUCAAGCAGAUUGUUAAGGAGGAGAGGUCGAAGAGCGGUAAGAGUCAGUAG